AAGUUUCUGGUCCACAAGCGGGGCGGUGUACUUUUGAGUUUUGACUAAACCCUCAAACCCACUUCUCUACCUUAAACCCUCAGCCGCACGGUCACAGACCAAAAAUCAGUCUCGUUCUACAAAAUCCCACUACUCUUUCUAGGUUGAAAUCUUUGGAAAUGGGAAGGAUAUUUGUGGUAGAUCUUGAAGGUAGGACAUAUAAGUGCAAAUUCUGCAAAACCCAUCUUGCCCUUGCUGACGACCUUGUUUCCAGGGGGUUUCAUUGCCGCAGAGGAAAAGCAUACCUAUUCAAUAAAGCGGUGAAUGUAACUGUUGGACCUCAUGAAGAGAGGGUGAUGCUUUCUGGGAUGCACACGGUAGCGGACAUAUUUUGUUGCUGUUGUGGGCAAAUUGUUGGCUGGAAAUAUGAGUCUGCACAUGAGGAAAGCCAGAAGUAUAAAGAAGGGAAGUUUGUUCUUGAAAGAGAUAGGAUCAUUGACGGAGUUGACACUGAAUUCUACAUCGAUACUCGUCCGAGUAUCAGUGAUGCUGAGGAUGCAUAGGCUUAGCUACGUUUAUAUCUAAAUAUUGUGUCGUUUUAUCUUGUAGAUCUAAUAGAAAAGAAACUGUUUGUAUCUAACCAUUGUGUGGUUGUAUCUUGUAGAUCUAGUUUGUAGAUAUAGAAAAGAAACUUUUUGUAUCUAACCAUUGUGUGGUUGUAUCUUGUAGGUCUAGUUUGUAGAUAUAGAAAAGAAGCUUCUACAUAAGUGUUUUGUUGUAUAUGAUAUUCCUUAUAUAAGGAGUUUUUCCUUAUGUGUGCAAAAUAGAAAUUAAGAGCUAGUAUGGUUGAUGAUUCA